CAGACAUCUCUCUGCUGUGGAAGCGGAACAAAGUCUGAAAUGCAGAAAAAAAUGGAUCUUGUUGGUUUUUCUCGCUUCUACGAGAUUUGCACUUCUUUACUUGGCGCUGCAAGUGCUUCACUCAAAACCGAUGUCGUAAAGACAAGACAGAGCGAUACGAGUGUUUAUAAUAAAGAAUGGGACUGGAAGGGCUUUGCGCUGACUAACUGGCUGUUCACUGCGGACGACUUUGCAACAUUUGUCAUUCCUGAGACAGCAUUUGGCAUUUGUGCUGCUCUGUCCGGGCCUCUUCUGACAGACAAUAACACUCCGGACUUACUCUCAGUAGUCAGUCGAAUACCCAUGGUCAUGCUGUGGAACUGGCUGAACCUGUUCGUGUUCAAUCUGGCGAAUCAGAGGCACCCGGACUCCGUGGCAGAAGACAAGAUCAACCGACCCUGGAGACCACUGCCCGCAGGUCAAAUCAGCAUCCUGCAUACUCGCCAGCUACUCUUACUCGCGAUCCCAGUUGUGCUCGGACUCAGCGUCUACCUCGGUGCAUGGGAGGAGACUGCUCUCCUCUACACGAUGAACUGGGUAUACAAUGACCUGAGCGGUGGUGACGACGGGUUCAUUCUACGGAAUGUCCUUCUAGCCCUCGCAUUCAGUCAAUACAACAAGGGAUCACUGCGUGUCGCGACCGGAACCGGAUUCGACAUACUUCCUAGAGCGUGGCGGUGGAUUUGGCUCACCAGUGCUGUGAUCGGCACGACGAUGCAUAUUCAAGACGUCAAGGACGCGGAAGGAGACCGUGCGAAGAACCGCCAUACAAUGCCCAUUGUGUUGGGUGACGGGCCGGCCCGGUGGUCCGUUGCGAUUCCUGUUGCGAUCUGGUCCGUUGUUUCUCCUGCUUUCUGGGAGCUGGACGUACCCGGGUAUAUUCUCCCGGUUGCAUUGGGAAUGGCUAUUGCUGGGAGGAUCCUAUUCCUUCGGGAAGGAGCUGCUGAUAAGCGCACGUGGAAGAUGUGGACGGCGUGGACGGCGGUGAUUUGGAUGCUUCCUUUGUUCAAGAAUUCUAGUGUUUUUGUUAGGUUUGGUAAAAGUCUGAGAUGGAUGAUGUGA